AUGGUGGCCAUUUCCAAAACAAUUCUUCGUCCUUUCCAGCUCAUCACUCGUGUUCUGCAGUGGUGCAGCGCCGUUAUUGUGAUGGGUAUCACGUCCUACUUCAUCCACAAGGGGCCUCGUGGGCAGCACAUCAUCUACCAGGAAGUCAUCUCCACCAUGUCCGUCGUCUUCUUCCUCCCCGCCUUCCUCUCGCCUUUUACUCCCAAGGUUGUCUCUGGCUUCGUAUUCUUCAUCGACGUCAUCUUCUCCUACCUCUGGUUAACGGCUUUCAUCUUCGCGGCCCAAGACUACAACUGGCUCAAGUGCACCUUCUUCUCCCCUCCCGGCCUGGCCUGCUCCAGGAAGUACGCCAACGAGGCUUUCAUUUUCCUCGCUUUCAUCUUUACCUUUUUCGGCAUGUUGCUUGAGAUCUUGUCGCUUUGGUCUCAGCGUGAGGGCACCCCGCACCGGGAGAAGGACGGCCAUGCGGCUCCGGCUCCGGCUCAGGCGACUUCGACGGUUUGA